AGUGGCACCACGCGUGUUUGUUUUGACAGGUGUGCUUCCCAGAUAUCGGUACAUAAAAAAUGAAGUGGGAUUUCGUUCUGUAUUUACGAAGUUGGAUAGGGUUCGUAGGGCUUAUGGCUAUUGGAAAUACCAUUCAGUGCUUUUGGGAUCAUCAGUUCCUUGCCAGCAGACUGUACAAUGGGGCUCCUAGCUCUGUAAAUGGCCUGGCAGCUCGCUUGUUUGGAGUCUGGACACUUUUGGCUGGCAUUCUUAGGAUAUGGUGUGCAAUAUUCACAUACAAUCGACCGUUGUAUGAUUUGACACUGUUCUCCUUUGUCCUAGCCUUUUUGCACUUUUCAUCAGAGGUGUUCAUCUUUAAAACAGCUCACCUAAGUGUAGGUGUUAUGGCCCCAUUAAUUAUAUCUGGGAUUUCAUUUGUAUUGAUGGCAGCUGGAUAUGUUCCCAUUUUUGGCUCUGCUGUAGAAGAAAGCAAGCAAGAUGAUGCAGAGGAGUUCAAAGACUUCUUGAAAACAUUUAAAUCGCAGUCAAGAACGAAAAAAUCCAGUUGAUAUCUGUAUAUCUAGCCAUGACGUGUUUUGAACAAUUUUGGUGAAAACGGGAAUAACCUUGCCUUGCUGCGAUGCCAGUGCAUAAAAUAGACCAACAGAAUCAAAACUUAUAAGCUAUACAUUUCAUUUAUUCUUCUGAUGCACAUACCAUUAACUUUCAAUUGGUGCCCUUAAAAAUAUGUACAAAAAUUUCUAAAUAAUCUAAACAAAGUUUUUAUGUGCAAAAUUUGUUAUGCCUUAUACUACCUGAGAUAACUGCUGCCUUGGAAUAAGAAUUAUCAGUAAUGGAUCCAACAUAUUAUCACUUACAACAUUCCUUCCAGAAUUGAAGUUUGGUCAACUUUUACAAAAAUCCCUGUCAAAAUGGGCACAUGUAGAUGUAUGAUUGAAUAAUUAAUUGAAUGUAAAUAAAUGCCAACUACUGGCGAAAUAAAAAUAAGUAUAAUUCAUUGCAUCUUAUGCAGUUAUAGAAUAUACACAGGUUUAUCUUAUUUGACAGCCAUUCACUCAAGUUAAAACAACCAUUUACAAAUUAUAUUUUUAUACAUCAAACGCAAAAAUUCA